AUCCAGCCAAGUAUGGAAGAAACCACACUGGUCAUCCUACUGCUGUCAGGAUUUUCCACAUGCUCCAGCCACAUCAGCAAAGAAUACCACUUUGUGAACCAAAAAAUGACCUGGACUGAAGCUCAGAGUUACUGUAGAGAGAAAUUCACUGACCUGGUCACCAUCUACAACAGCGACGAUAACCAAAGGCUUCUGUCAAUUGUAAAAAACAGAAAUGACAUCAAUGCUAAUGGGGCAUGGAUAGGGCUUCAUGACAACAUUAAGAAGUGGAAAUGGUCCAUGGACCAAGAGAAUUUGUAUGUUGACUGGAAAGCGAUAUUCAUGCCCUGGUUGAAGCCCGACCCAAACAAUUCUAAAGCAAAGGAAUACUGUGGAAUGGUUUAUGAAGGAAGCAGUGUAGCAGAUGAAAACUGUGAAGCUCGCAAUCUGUUCCUGUGCUAUGAUGCCAACAGUCCAACAGCGUAUGUUAUAGUGGAGACACAACUCACCUGGUCAGAAGCUCAGUCAUACUGCAGACAACACCACAAUGACCUGGCCAGUAUAAGAAGUGAAGAAGAGAAAAGCACCAUCCAGAGCACUCUGACUGCAACGAGGCUUCAGAAAGUAUGGAUCGGCCUCUACAGAGAUCCCUGGGCCUUCUGGUCUGACAACAGCACCUCUACAUUCACUAACUGGGGAACUGGUCAGCCUAAUAACUAUGGGUCAAAACAAUUCCAUGGAAGAUUUUCUCUCGUCUCAGGGAAAUGGGACGAUUCAGAAAACAGCCAAAGACACCCGUUCUUCUGUUACAAAGCGGUGACAAAGAAAAUAGUGAAAAUUAGGAUUCAAUCGAUGGCUAACAUGAAGAGCUCAGAGAUCCAGCAGCAGGUUUUACUGCAGUUGCAUGACUGCAUGGUGUCCAAAGGACUGACCGACUUCAAACUUAGAUGGAGAAAAGUGGAGAGUUCCUGUGAGAACCACCAGCAGAAACUGAAUGGGGACAACAAUGACCAAGACAACCUCUGUCCAGAUUUAUACACCUGAUAUAUAACACAAAUAACAUUCUGUACUGAGUUGUCCUAUCAUUCAAAUCUUGAACUUCAUAGUGAGUAGCGUCAUCGGUUGACAUUGCUGCAUUUUUUUACUUAGAGUGACAUGGUUUUCUACCCACUGAUAUCUGUGCACAAAUACUUGAGAUAUUCUAGCUGUGUUUGGGGAUUUCAAUCUGAAUUUCAUCUUCAUUGAGUCUUCCAUCUCGAGACUGUCCUUGCAUGAACAAUGACCCUGUAGGAUACAUGAUUAUAGCUGAGAUUAUACAUGUCAAGACCCAUAUUUAUAUUUGAUAGAUCUGGUCAACACACACUGGACUUCAACAGGAGUCACUGUUGUUCAUGUCUCAUUCCAAUGUGAUGGUCUUGGAUAACUACGACAUCAAAGGUCCUUUAUAUGGUUGUUCAGCUUGGAUGAGUUGUUCAGAAGACAAUGACGUGAAGAAAAGCUCAAGAAAAUGUCAUAUAGAUCUAUAUUGUGUGAAAUCUAUGUAUCAAUAAUCUUGUACUUGUGUCCUACUUAUUUACACCUACAUUACUAGACCAUCUUAAGUUAGCAUAGUAUAUAUUCCUAGACGAUUUACAUUCAAGUGUGUAAUUUCUCACAUAUGUUUGCCUAUAUUGGUAAUACGAUGGAUGUACUAAUUUACUAAUGUCCUAAUGUACCGAUAUGUAGAAUGUGCAUGAUGUUGUAAAUUAUAUUUUGCUUUACAAUAAUUUAAAAAAAAAAAGUAAAAAAUCCCUUUUUUUGCAUGCUGUUUGAGUUGUUGGGUUCUGUUCCCAAGUGGACAAAUGAAC